GGAAGCCAGCCCUUUAGUCAAGACAGCCAGAGCAGUGCCGUGCCAUGCUACACCAUGAGCUGCUGCAGAUGAGCCCCUGGUGCAUCUCUGGGACUUGCAAUGACAAGCUUGAACAUUAGCCAUGCAGAGAAAACCGGUGAAAUGUCUUCAAAGCAGCCAGCGCCAAAAGUGCAGGUUCAGCGAUCUGUUUCCCGAGAAACCAUCACCAUUCAUUUCUCGGCGUUUGGGAAGGAGGAAGAGGAGGAGGAGGAAGAAGAAUUCAAGGAUUCUCCUGCCGAGGCACUGGACGACCAAAGCAUUGUAACUGCACUUGAAGCCAAGGAAGACCUGUGCUUUGAUCAUGGUGACCACAACUCUUCUGGUCCCACUACCUCGCUUAAUAUGGCUGCAUCUCUGCUCACCUCUUCUCCCACAUUCAUGCCAACUGCAAAGCCAUUGGAGUCUCAAGUAUUCAGUGCAGUGCCAUUAACCCUCUCCCCUUCCUCACAGUUGUGUCAUGCCCCAAGCCCGCCGGGUGCGGUGUUGCCUUCAGAACUGAGAACUAGCUUGGUGACUUCUCCAUUGCCUUCUCCUUCCAAGUCGCUUGUCUUGUCUAGCACGCCAUCCACUGUUACUAGCUCAAAGCCUUUUAUGAGUUUGGUCAAGUCCCUUUCGACAGACAUCGAACCAAAAGAGCCCACUCCACCCACGAGACAUAGGCAAUUAAUGAAAACCCUCGUGAAGUCCCUGUCCACGGACACUUCAAAACAGGAGUCUGAGACAGUGUCGUACAAGCCGCCUGACUCCAAACUGAACUUGCACCUGUUCAAACAGUUCACCCAGCCUCGGAGCACGGGUGGUGAUUCCAAAACUGCUCCCUCAUCCCCCUUAACAUCUCCUUCAGAUACUCGCUCCUUUUUUAAAGUACCUGAAAUGGAGGCCAAAAUUGAGGACACAAAAAGACGCCUUUCGGAAGUGAUUUAUGAGCCUUUCCAGCUCCUCAGUAAAAUAAUGGGUGACGAGAGCAGUAGUCACAGGCCCAAAGCCUUAUCUUCAAGUGCUUCAGAACUGUCCAAUCUCUCCAGUUUGAAUGGCCAUUUGGAAAGCAAUAACAACUACAGCAUUAAGGAGGAAGAAUGUGAUUCUGAAGGAGACUUCUACGGAAGUGACUCCAAUGUAAACAAGAGUACUAAACAUGCCCAAAUGGCUGAAGAACACUCAAGAGAAGCUGAAAGCAGAAGCUCCCCAUUGUUAAGCACAAAGGACUCCAAUUCAAAGGCUUCCCUGGUGCUGGAAAGAUGUUCUCUGUCUGCCUUGGCAAGCAAAGAAGAUGAAGAGUUCUGUGAACUGUAUUCUGAGGAGUUCUGCUUGAUAGAGGACGACAAACCUGACAAAGGCUUGGAAAGUGCGCUGAAGAUGGAAAUGCCUGAGGAAAGCUCUACACCUUUCAGCAAUGAAGGUGACGUUGAACUAUUUGUGCAGCAGCCUCAACUUCCAAUGAAGACAUUGUACUUUCUCACCAUGUUGAUCUAUGCUUACCUUAUACUCCCUCUCCCUAGUUACUUCAAUGGGCUCUUCUUGGGAGUUGCCGUUGGAUUUAUGAUUGCUAUCUGUGUGAUUUGGCUUCUUACACCAAGUGCUAGGUACAACAGGUUACAUACAAAUUGGAACAAGCAGCUGAAUACAGAACCUCUAGACAUCAGAGAACCUGAAAUAUUGAAGGGGUGGAUGAAUGAGAUCCACAACUAUGAUCCAGAAACAUACCAUGCUACAUUGACUCACUCUGUCUUUGUGAGACUUGAAGGAAGUACCUUGAGACUUUCAAAACCCAACAAAAAUAUUUCCAGAAGAGCUAUUUACAAUGAAGCCAAGCCUGAAGUCAUCUACAUUAGCCAGAAAAUUUAUGAUCUUACGGACAGCAAGAUUCAUCUGGUCCCCAAAAGUUUGGCUCGAAAACGAGUCUGGAAUAAAAAGUAUCCUAUUUGCAUUGAGCUUGGGAGACAAGACGACUUCAUGGCUAAAGUCCAGGCUGAUAAAGAGAGCUCAGAAGAGAAGACACCUACCGAAAAAGUAGACCUAAGCAGCGAAGAGUCCAGGAAACAAUCUCAGGAUGGAGCAAAGUCUACUACUCAGAAGGAUCAAGUACUUUAUCUUUUUGGAAGGACUGGUAGGGAGAAGGAAGAAUGGUUUAGGAGAUUCCUUCUAGCUUCCAGAUUGAAAUCUGAAGGAAAAAAGCCAAUUGCUGUUUGUGGAAACAAGCCAGGAUUCUUGCCAGCACACAGUAGAUCCAAUAGCCAGUCUGGAGUUCUUACACACAGCCGUAGCAGCAGCAAAGGAAGCACAGAAGAAAUCCUCUCUCAGCCAAAGCAGAAGGAUCUGGCAGCCAGCUUGAGACAAAAAAUGUUUUUGGACUAUAACGUGUAUAUGGCAAAGUGCAUUCCACAGGAACACACAAGCCCCAUAGUUAGUCCUGUUCAAAGUCCCGACAGCAGUCCUACAGCUGUGAAGAAGUUGCCAGAUGCCAAUUGUGAAGAAGAAGAGGAGGAAGAGGAAGAGCAGGAAGCAUGGGUAAAUGCUUUGCUUGCAAGAAUCUUUUGGGAUUUCUUGGGAGAAAAGUACUGGUCUGACAUGGUCUCCAAGAAGAUACAAAUGAAGCUCAGCAAAAUAAAGUUGCCAUAUUUCAUGAAUGAGCUAACACUAACUGAACUGGACAUGGGAAUUGCAAUGCCGAAAAUACUUCAAGCCUACAAGCCUGCUGUUGAUUAUAAAGGGCUUUGGAUUGACUUGGAAAUAUCCUACAAUGGAUCUUUCCUAAUGACCCUCGAGACCAAAAUGAAUUUGACCAAACUUGGGAAAGAGCCUCUGGGUGAAGCAAUGAAGGUUGGAGAAAUUGGCAAAGAAGGCUUCAGGCCAAGGGCAUAUUGCCUUGCAGACAGCGAUGAAGAAUCUUCUAGCGCUGGCUCCUCAGAGGAAGAUGAUGCUCCAGAAGCAACUGGAAGUGAGAAGCUGUUAGUGCCAGGAGCAGAAGGGUAUGUGGGAGGGCACCGAACAAGUAAAAUAAUGAGAUUUGUGGAUAAGAUUACAAAGUCAAAAUAUUUCCAGAAAGCAACAGAGACGGAGUUCAUUAAAAAAAAGAUUGAAGAGGUCUCAAAUACUCCACUAUUGCUAACUGUUGAGGUGCAAGAAUGUAAAGGAACGCUAGCAGUUAACAUUCCACCACCACCUACUGAUAGAAUAUGGUACGGUUUCCGAAGGCCACCCUACCUGGAGCUAAAAGCUCGGCCAAAGCUUGGUGAGAGAGAAGUGACUUUGGUUCAUGUCACUGAGUGGAUAGAAAAGAAAUUGGAACAAGAAUUCCAGAAAAUUUUUGUUAUGCCAAACAUGGACGAUGUUUAUAUUCCUCUAAUGCACUCCGCCAUGGAUCCACGCUCAUCUGGGUGCCCUCUGAAAGAUUCUAUCACAGACGCUACUGAUCAGCCAUGAAAUGUGAAGACUGCAGUUUACAGUAUUAACAGUUUGUUUUCGUUUUUUUAAAAAAGAAACUGUUGAGUAGACUUUUUUUGUCCUUGUGCCACAUUUUAUUUUGCUUUUGAAGAGGAUUGCUUCUGCCAGUUGUUGCACCAGUUAUCCAGGUAUUGCUCCUAUCUACUCGAGCAUUAAUUCCAUUUCUAAACUGGUCUGUAUCUUUACAGUGGCUGCUGGUGGAAUUUCAACAUAGCAAUUAAUGUGCACUAUUUUGCAGUCAAGAAUUAGCAAAAUUCCCACCAGUUAGUAUAGAUCCAGGCGCUUUGACACAAAUGAGAUUGUUGGUGGACAUGCAGUGUUGGCAGUGCACAUAGUCUUGUCUCACGCAGCCACAUGAAACCUAUCCUCUAUAAGCAGCAGAUAUGUGUAAUUGGAAGAUGUCCCCCCUUUUUUUUUCCUCUCUCUCUCUCUCUCUCAGGCAGUUGGAGGUGUAAAAUGAACUGGCACGUUCUUUCACUUCUGCAGUCCAUUAGCUUGUGUCAAGCAAUUUUGAAAUGUUUUCUGGAGCUAAGAAUGUAAAUUGGAUGUAUAGGUGAUAUAUUGUGAAUCACUUCAUGUGGACUAUACAUAAUAACUUAUUUUUUCAUACAGAAUUCUGCUUCUUUUGGAAACAAGUAGCCAUAUAACACAUGCAAACGUACAGAGUUGAUUAGUGAGGCGGGAUCUAGCAAUUUGUUAGUGAAAGAAACCAAUUUGGUUGGCAAAGCCAUGAGACCAAACCAUAGUAAGCCUUUUAUUUAGUGAGGUACAAUCACCAUAGCUUGUGAUUUUACAAUGAAUGUUAGGCAUGAACACACAUGGAAAUGUCCAAUACUGUGUGUGUACAUGCAUGUGUGCCCUAGAAAUGAUUGCCAUUUAGCCUGUAUAGAGUUGUUUAAUUGACUAAACCUGUCUCACAUUUCUGUUGCUGUUUCCUCAUUGCAUCCAUUGUUCCAUUUAUGCAAGUACAGUAGGUCCACCCAUUUUUUUAACCUUUUAGGUGCAAAUCCUGACUGUACGUUGUCAUCAUGAGCUAUUACAAAGUACAUCUUUUAGGCCAUCUUGGUAUGAAAACAGGAAGCGCAACAGGUCUCUGAAGCACUAAUGGCAGCCAAUACUCAAGAACAG